UUUGUUGGUAUUGGUGCGAUCGUGGCUUCGGUGGUCGGUUGUAGUUGUGACAACCUGGUGUGUGGAUGUUUUCCUUUCCUGCGGUGCUGUUCGCACGCGGAGUAUAUGGCCUACACAGGAGGCAAACGUGAAAACCGAUGACUCAUAGUCUAUAAACUGGUCCCCUGGUUGGGCAUAUGUGUAUAUUUGUGUUUGGACAACCGUGAACGGGACGGUGAAAUUCUUGGAAAUUUCGAGACCUUCCACAGUGAGUUUGUGCAGGUUCUUGGCUGGAUGGUAGCUUCUCAACCCGGAACAGGUGCCUCCUUUGGUUUUUCUUAGUUUUGUUUGAACUUUCCCAAAAUCGGGGAAAUCCUGCUGAGUGCGUUCAUUGAGACAAUUUGUGCAACCGUGUCGUGAACAUUCACCAAUACAGAAAGCUGUUUGAUAACAAGUGCUCCAAACGCGUCUUAUCGUGACUUUGAGACUGAUCCGUUUCACCAAGGAUUAUCUUGGUAGCUUCUUCAAGUGUCUUGCGAAAUCCGUUUCGCCGUCGUCGUCAACCCCGAAACCAGUAUUUCGCGUUUACGUGUGGGCGUCCACGUAUUCUCACACACCCGCGAACCGUGCGAGUCCCCCCUCCUCCAACUCGAAUUACACACUAGUAGUGGUAGCCAUGAAGUCCGACUUGUCGAAUGUCGUCCCGCCGAAAUCGGACGAGAGUUCCGUUUCGUCCGGUAGCGCGAGCAACAGCACGGCUGUGGUAACCGGCGGGGAAGAUUCGAGCGGUCAUCACGUCAUCGCGAGUCAACCGUCGACGUCAUCGAUCGGAGCGGGACUGUUGUUGGCAGCGGCGGCGGCAGCAGCUGCGGGAACCACCGUUGGAGGACUGCUGGACGUUGGGAGUGUGGCGGCAGCGGCGGCCGGACUUGCAGGGCUAGGAGUUCCCCAGCCGGCACAUCAAGCGAGCAGCGUCGUCAUCACCAGGGCGUUCGCCUCCUUCGAUGGUAUCCACAGUGGCGUCCCCACCAAGACGACCCCCACCCUGACGCCGACCACGCUCAAGAACAUCGAGCAGACGUUCCUGGAGCUGUCCAACGACACCGCCCAGAACAUUCCGUGCCAGGCCGGCUUCGUGCCGCCGCCGUUCCAGUUCGAGGACCACAGCCAGGACGACCGCUGCGACAACAGCCGCGAGUCGAUGAGCUCCGGCUCGAACAGCUCCUGGCAGGUGACGCCUCCGCCCAUCAUUUCCGAAGACCUGGACUCCAAGUCUUCGUCCACGUCGAUGGAAACGGCGACGCCGCAGCGCCGCGGCGGAUUGGCCACCGUCGUACAAGCGGGCGGACAAAUCACGACGACCCCACAGCAAACGCCCGGCAAGACCUCGCGCCGCAACAUGGGCGGUCGCCGUCCGGCCAAGGGCAACAACCUGAGCCCCGAGGAGGAGGAGAAACGCCGCGUGCGUCGCGAGCGCAACAAGAUGGCCGCCGCACGGUGCCGGCGGCGGCGCGAGGACCACACCAACGAACUCGUGGACGAGACGGACGGGCUGGAGAAGCGCAAGCAGGCCCUCCAGGAUGAGAUCAAGCAGCUGCAGCAGGAGAAGGAGGAUUUGGAGUUUCUGCUCAACUCGCACCGCGAGCAUUGUCGGCUGCAGGGCCGUCGCAGCCCGCUGGAGCGGAAACCGGUGGCGCUGGUCCAGCAGCCGCAGCUGCAGCAGGUACAGCAGAUUGUGCGCCAGCAGCAACCCGUCACCGACCUGCGGAUCGUUCACCCCAUCAGGGUUAAGGAAGAACCGGAAGACCUGGCGGACCAACCGCCGGCCAAGAGAACCAAACUGAUCCUGUCGAACGCGAUGGGCGACAGCCUGGACACGCCAACGCCCACCACGAUCGCGCCGGUCCUCACCAGCGUGAACCUCCCGCCGCGCCAGCUGAUGCUCCCGAGCGGGCUCGUCACGCCGACGGCUUCCACGAGCAGCGUUGCCGCGGCCGGACGUCCGGCCCGGCCGGAUAGCCUGCCGGUGCGGACCGGAACCACCUUCCCGCUGCUGAACAUGCGCAACAUCGUGCCGCUGGACGCCGGCGUCGGCAUCUCGACCCCGUCCAGCGGGCUGUUCAACUUUGACAGCCUGAUGGACGGCGGAACCGGCCUGACGCCGAUCGCCGCCCCCAUUUCGCUGCAGUCGAACCGCGGCCCGCUGGAUCUCAUCACGCCGACCAGCACGGAACCGUCCAAGCUGUGCAGCCUGUGAGACGAGGAGGAGGAGGAGGAAGAGGAGCAAUGGAGAAGCAAUUGUUUUGUUGUUUUAAGGAUAGAAUGAAUGCGAAGAGAGCGCGUGGUCAACAAUGGCGUUGUGAUUUAAUUAUAAAACUACAGUUUUUUUGUAACACGGAAUAUUAAGAGCCAGAUUGUCUGCGAGAGUUCGAGAGGUCGCCAUUUAGAGUAGUCAUUGAGAUGUUUAGCGAACGCAAUUUAUGUUUUUCAUUAUUUUUUAUGUUUAUUGUUUAAUCCCCCCUUCGAUUUCAAAAGUUUAGUUCGAAUUCACUAAUCCCCCAGAGCAGUGUAUAUUUAUUGUCCUCCCUCUACGGUUAGUUGUAGAAUUUAUCUGUAGUUAAGCCAAAAUAAAGAUGUAAACAUUUCUUACGCAAGCAACUUUUACGUUUUGUGCCUUUUCUAAAUCGAGCAACCCUUAUCUCACUAUCCCUGAUUAAACUAAUGAUUACCCAAACAUUGAGUAACCUUAAGAAUAUUUUAUCGCUUUUCAGAGAAAGAGAAUAAAAAAACAACCACCCGCAAGCUUUACAAGUAGCCAUUAGCCUUAAACAAAACUAGUUACGUUUACACACAGCGAAAGAGCAAGACGCAAAACAGUAUGCGAAUAACCAGUUAACGAGAAAGAGAGAGAAUAGAAGUGCAUCGCAACGGCAGUCAUUUAUUUUUCGAUUAUCAAGUAUUUAGAACGAAGAAGACAAAGCAACGCUCAAAUUGAGAAUGAUAAACAGAGAGAAAAAGGAAGCAAGUGAAAACGAAGCAGCCGGAAGUCGCGUCCAGGAAAGUCCCAAGAUUGACAGGAGCGGAAGAAUGUGUGUGUGUGUGCGCGAAUGAGCAGAGAUGCUAUAUGCGGAAACAAAGAAAGUGGAAAGAUAGCAAAAACAGCAACCGGAAAGAAAUGUAUUUACAAGUUUAUUUUUAUUUUAUCUACAAGCGGAAGGUUCCGAAAAUGGCAAAUGCCGUUGGCGUGUAUUCUUCAUUUUUUAAAGAAAAUAAUAAUAAAUAUUACGGAAGAAAGCAAAAAGGGAAGCAAAGUUCGAAACGCUAGCAGUUAGAGCGCGCGCGCACACGCACGUUUACGAUUACUUAUCGCUAAGUAUGAAACUCGAUGAAAGCCAUAAAUACAAUUGAUACCAAAUAGCUGCAAAAAUAAA